AUGGUUUCAUCAAAUCCACUCUUUCUUAUUCUUCUUCUUCUUCUCCUCAUUGUAUUAACUCAUUGCUCUAGCCUUGAUGAUGAUCUCUCGAACGAUCAACCAAACGGCUUCUUUUUACCUUUCGAAUCAAAUCUUUACGUUGAGAUCACCAUCGGAACCCCAACGCGAACUUUCAACCUCAAACUAGACUCUUCUACACAUCUCACAUGUCUCGAUAAUGAUGAUGACCACCAGUGCUCACUCUCAGACAAAUCUUCCAACACUUUCUCUACAAUCUCUUGCAACAGCUCUUCUCUUUGUCCUCAUGUCUCAACCAAUUCAACUGACCAUUACAACGCAACAACAACGAAAACAACGUCUCUCUCUCUUCUCUGCACGCCUUCAGAUUUUUGCCGUUACGAAGCCUCUCCCUCUAGCUCCGGCUACCUUGUUUCCGACACACUUCAGUUGACAUCCUCGAUCACUGACCAAGAAAACUCUCUCUCCAUAGUUAGAGGAUUUGUCUUUGGCUGCGGGACUAGUAACCGUGCUUCGCCGGAGGAAGACGGAGGUGGCGUCGACGGGAGAGUGAGUCUAACUACUCAUCGUUUCUCACUCCUCUCUCAGCUUCGACUCACAAGAUUUUCACACUGUCUAUGGCCUUCCACCUCGGGGUCGCGUAACUACAUCCGUCUUGGAUCAGUGGCUGCGUACGGCGGCGAUAUGAUAUUGGUUCCGAUGUUAAACACGACGGGGACGGAAGCUUACUCGUAUCAUGUUUCUCUCUUCGGGAUCAGUCUUGGCCAACAGAGAAUAAGCAAUGAGAGUAGUGGAAUAGCAAUAGAUAUCGGGACGUACUAUACAAGUCUAGACCCAUUACUCUACGAGGAGGUGAAGGAAGAGCUAAUGACGCAGAUUGGACCAACGACCGUGUACAAAGUGAACGAACUAAUGUGUUUCACAACCGAGGUUGGCUUCGACAUAGAUUCAUUACCCAAACUCACUCUCCAUUUCCAAGGUUUCGAUUACACAAUCUCAAACAAAGGACUUUAUCUCCGAGACAGCCCAUCUUCUCUCUGCACGGCUUUGGUCAGAUCGUCCAUGGAAAAUGAGGAAAGGGUUAAUGUGCUUGGAGCGUCGGCUCUUGUUGAUCAUGCAGUUGGGUAUGACACUUCACAGAGGAUGCUUGCCUUUCAACAAAGGGAUUGUUUGGCCGAUUUCGUAGAUGACAUAAUCAUUACAAAAGCAAUGUUUGUGACUGUUUUAAUAAACACAACUUCCGACGCAGAGGAUUGCACAUGA